AUGGGCACCGCGCCCGGCUUCAGUUGCGGGGGGUUGCAGCUGUGUGUGCAGUGGCCUCCCGGCGACCUGACGUGCCUGUGGGUGGUCAAGUCGGGUGUGACAUUUCAGAUUUGUCGAACCAGCCGGAGUCAAAAAAGAGGAUCCCUGGCCUCGCUGAUGUUCGAGGAUGACCGCGGACGGCAUGGCCAAGUGAACUUCAAGAGGCGCCACGUUGACGGAGAGGUUGAGCUGACGAACGAUGGGGGCAGGACGUGGCUGGCGUUCAGGCUGUUGCACCCUCCGAUGCCCGAAAAGCUCGGGCGCGUCGGAAACAUGUCCCCGAACGUCGCCUUCGGGCGGUGCCUUGUCUACCGCAUCGACGUCUCCGACCUGUUGGAGGACAAGAGCGAGCGAGCAAGGCUAUUCCAGGAGCUCUUUGCGUUCCGCCUCUGCACCGAGCCUCGCCCCCGGCAAGACCACCUUCUAUCUCCCGUCCGCGUCCACACGUACGCCUCAGGGCAACCGCUGAACGGCUGGGACAACCUGCCGGAGUACAGCAGGUUGCCGUAUAGCGUCAAGUUCCUCAUCGAGUGCCUGACGUCCAGCCUCAAGAUCGACGCUUUCGGUGUGAACGAAGAGGCGGUGUCCCUCCUCGCGAUGGCGGGUGAAGAGAGGGCCUGCCUGGCCCUAAGGGCUCGGCUGGAGGACACCCCCUCGCAAGAGAUUUUGCAGUGGCUCGAGGGAUACGGCCCUUACAACGGAGCUGUGUAUGGCGUGGGAGAAUACGGCAAGGAAAUCGGCAACGUUAUGGUACCCCGGGCAAGCGUGACGCCGUUGCGUGUCGUGUGCCAGCCGCCGGAGCAGGAGAUGUCCAACGGCGUCACGAGGCGCUUCGCAGAGCACUCCGACAGGUUCCUUGGGGUGAACUUCGUCGACGAGAACAUGGGCAGGUUGCAGCUCUCGCCUUUGCUGGCACCCAGCGACUGCUGGUCAAUUGGGUUGGCCUGCACACCCUUUGGCCAGAGACAUCAAACAUUCCUGAAAGUGCAUCCUGCGUUAUUGGUGUCGUGCGUUGUGCUGUCUCCCCCGGUACGCCCACGCAAAAGCCAACUUCGAGGACAUGCGUGCUUCUUCUACGCUGAAGGAGGUGAGGUGGAUCAGAUCUCCGAGAGCGGCAGUGAACCUGCUGUAUUUCACUGGAUGGGGGAUAUGUCCGGCAUCGACGUCGUCGGGAAGCAUGCCGCUAGGCUCGGCCAGAGCCUAAGCUCGACGACGUCCACCGUCGAAGUGCCCCCAGCCUUGAAGAAGCUGGUGCCCGACAAGAAGGCCGGGCCUUACGAGUUCACCGAUGGUUGUGGGAUGAUGUCGGAAGGUCUUGCCAGGGAGGUCGCGGACGUCUUGGGCCACAGCGUGAGCCAACCCCCGCCGAGCGCGUUCCAGAUCCGGAUGGGAGGGUGCAAGGGAAUGCUGGCUGUUUGGCCAGACUCGGUAAUGAGAAGCGUGUCCGGGAGGGGCGGGUACAAGGUGCUGGUGCGCCCGUCCAUGCAGAAGUUUCCGUCAGAGCGGAACACUCUAGAAGUGAUCCAGUACGCGCGCCAACUCCCGUGCUACCUGAACCGGCAGUUCAUAACCCUGCUGGGUACACUAGGUGUGCCCGACAAGGUCAUCGAAGAGCGCUACAGCGCGAUGGUCUCUACGCUCGACAAGGUACUACGGACGAUGCUUUCCGAUCCCGCCGAGGCCGAGAUGGCUCUGGUGCGCUACUACAACAUCACCUCGGGGGGUAAAACGGGGAGGAAGCAGGUCGGUCCCCUUUGGGAGGCGUUGGCCAUGGUGAGGGCGGGUAUCAACAUCCGGACAGAACCCUUCCUGCAGAGCGUUCUUCACGCUACGAGAGACAAAGCAAUGAUCGACCUUCGCCACCGGACGCGCAUCUUUGUCCCCGACGCCUCCUGUCUCCUGGGCAUCGUCGAUGAGACCGGCUUCCUACAGCCGGGGCAGGCGAGUGACUCUCUUGGGUGCCGGUCGGUAAACCAUUAUACCGCAAACCGUGCUUCCAUCAUGACAAACGCUGACAGAUUUGGGCAAUGCACGCCGGAGCCCUCAAAGAUGAGCGGCGGCGACCUGGACGGCGACCUCUACUCCGUCGUCUGGGACCAGGACCUGCUACCCCCUGAACGGGAAGGGGUGGCCGGGGUGCAAGGAGACAGCGAGAAUGGGUUCAACUUUCCAGCGAUGGGCUACGAGCCGCCGGAGAAGCCGAAGACUUCGGCUUCUUCGUCGGGCAAGGGUGUGGACAUGAAGGAAAUCGCCGACUUCUUCCUCAAGUACAUCCAGAACGACAACCUGGGGAAGAUCGCCAACGCUCACCUAGUGCGGGCCGACCUGUCCCCUUUAGGGGCGAGGUGUGAUGAGUGCCUCCAGCUGGCAGCAUUGCACUCCAAGGCGGUGGACUUUCCCAAGUCGGGGGUGCCGGCAGUCUUUCCAGACGAGCUCAAAGUCGACAGCUACCCGGACUUCAUGUGCAAGGAGGACAACAUGACGUAUCUCUCCAAGAAGCUGAUCGGGAGGCUGUUCCGUGAUACUCCACCCGCUGGGGCUGCUAACCCGCAGCGGCGGCAGCAGCAGGACGAGAGGUUCCUUGGCGGCUUCGAGCUGGAUCAGUCGCUUCUGGCGCCAGGAUACGAGGAUUUCCUCGAGGAGGCUGAGGUGGAGCGUUUUGGAGGUCGGAUGCUAAAGAGGACGAAGCUGGAGGAUGCCCAGGGCAGGCUGAACUUGGAGUUCUUACGCAUGUUCAUGCCGAUGCACGCACGAGCGCUGGAUGGCAGGGGUAGUGUUUGGGUCUUACCACGCGCCUACCUUCGCGAGCAGAUCAAAGCGAAAUUCCGCGCCGAGUUUCGGGGCCACAACCACGACUCCGACUCCGACUCCGACUCCGACUCUAACUACGACUCCGAGGAAGGUUCCGAGGAAUUUUCAGAGGAACACCCGGCGGAUCAAGGGUCGAAGGAACGACCCGGUGAGGAGGAAGUGGAUGAGGGGAAGGAGGAAGCAAGGGUGGAAGGAAAGGGGUCUGACUAUCACCCGGCGGACGCUCCGGAUGGCGUGGAGGUGUACCAGAAGGCAUCGGCGUGGUACUUCGUCUCCCACUCGGAGAGCACAAACCCUUACAUGAGGGAAGCUCGGGAGGAGUGGCGCAAGAAAACUAGACGUGGUGGUGGUGGCGGCAGCGGUGGGCAUGGGGCGGAGGCACCGCUAAUGUUGUACCUAAGCUUCGCCUGGAUCUCCGCAUAUGAGCAGCUGUGCCAGAUGAGGAACAUGCGUCUCUGAUCAUCUCGACUGGUGUUGCACGACGAACUUUGAAGAUGGUGCUCUGUGCAUGCGUCUGUCAAUACGUCUAUCGAGAACACGCGAGCAAUACAUCAGAGCCGCAUGCAGGCGGCAACGCAGGCUCAUUUCAUGGGAGCGGUGGAAGCUAAGUUUUCGCUCCGGGUCUGGCCAAUCCGAAUAAUGUAGCUGACGGGGGAGGGGGCGCGGGGGGGUUCUAUGGCUGACUACAAGGUCCUUCAUUGGUGUUGCGAUGCCAACAAAAAAGCCACAGCACUCGCGAGGCCAUCAACAAUUAGAUGCCGUCGUGCGUGCCGUGCCUGUUUUACUUGGCCUCGUAGCCCAAAAGAAAGCAAAGCAAUGCAGAGUGGACUACAUGCUCGAACUACGUUCGCUCUCGUCCGAGCAACAUUGUCAGUGUCGUAUGUUCAGGAAACAGAAUAAUCGAUCUCGACCUCGCAGGGUUAACAGCGUUCUACCACCCGUGUACUGUAUGUGGGAGGAAUAAUAGCGCAAGUACACGAUGAGCUCGUCGCGAUAACUUUUCUGGUGUUGCGAUGCACACGAACAUGGUGGUAACAUCAUGCUAAUUUUCAUUGGAUAUGCUUUUUUGUUCACGAUAUGGUUUGAAUUAUCAAGAAUUUGUGCCGAACGGUGCAGUUGAUAUUGGUUGUUGGAUCCCUACUAUUUAGCACUGCUGUCGAAACUCAUGGGGGGAGAUAAUGCUGAUGGCAUGAUUUUCGCCGCAGUAUAAACAGAGUUUGGUCGUUCAUGUUGUUGUACUGUUUUUCGCGUUUUACCUGCGGAUAAUUAGGGGAAAUUCACAAUUUUUGUUUGUGCGUUUCUGCGUUCUAUCUUCAUGAUGUUUGUUUGUUUUCACGUUAGG